AUGAAUCAUGGCGUCGAGGAGCGAAGGAUUGUGAGACCCAAUGUUAAAGAGACAACAGAAGUAACUCUUCGCCCCUUUGCUCUUUUAGGGAGAAGCAGGUUGACUAUUAAGAGACCACAAAGAAAGACCCGAGACCUAGCGGGAGUAGGUCCUCAGGUUCCGAAAAUAACCGUGGACCAAUUUACACUUCAUUCUCACUUGAACGGGACACUUUGUGGAGCAGCCAACGAGGUAUCAAACAUCGUGAUGAAAAACAAGAACGACAAUGCAAGUUUGGAGGUAAAGGUUGGUGACCGCUGUAGCUUGCAUGAUUGGAAACAGAUUCAGAAAGAUGAACUUAAUUUCUUCAAAACUGUGUCGCACUAUACCAGUUUGUUUCUGGUGAACCAGAAAGAUCCAUUUAAAGUUGUGACUGACGGUAAAUGGCACUCCCUUUCUCUGUCAGCUCAACAGCUGAUUGGAGGAGGCCACUUAACCAUUGUUUUCGAUAGAGAAGAACUCUUGAAUGUUACACUUCCUGGAGACGUCAGUAAUACGACCAUUAAAGCCGACAGUAAGGUUCUUUGGUGCCGCCAGGGUGACUCUUUCACAGAGAUGUCCACCUCUUCACAUACCACCACACCACAGUCUGUUUCAACCACACCACAGUCUGUUACAACCACACCACAGUCUGUUACAACCACACCACAGUCUGUUACAACCACACCACAGUCUGUAACAACCACACCACAGUUUGAAAUAACCACACCACUGUCUGUAACAACCACGCCAGAGUCUGUAACAACCACGUCAGAAUCUGUUACAACCACACCACAGUCUGCAACAUCCAAGCCACAAUCUGUAGCAACCACGCCAGAGUCUGUAACAUCCUCACCAGAGCCUUUAACAACCACGCCAGAGUCUCUCCUGGAUGAAGCCCCACUCCUACAAGAAGUGGAACUGCAAUACAAGGGCUCAGCAACAACAAGAGCGCUGGACCUGACGGCAUUCCUGCUGAAAUCUACAAACAUGGAGGUCCCCAUCUGA